AUGGAGACCAUGGCAAAAGAUGGUGCAGCACAAGAGGCAACUGUGACUCCAAACAAGGAUGUAAGUGAAGAUAACCCUAAAGGGUACACAGUUAUCUAUGUUUUAGGUGGUCCAGGUAGCGGAAAGAGUACGCAAUGUGCCAAAAUUGCUCCAUACUUUGGGUUUUGUCAUCUGAGUGUUGGUGAUCUUCUUGAAGCAGAAGUUGAGACUGGAUCUGAAUAUGGUGAAAUGAUUGAGGACUGUAAGAAAGAAGGAAGGCUUGUUCCUUCCGAUCUGGUUGUCAAGCUUCUGCAACAGGCAAUGCAAAGGAGCCAAAACAAGAAAUUUGUCAUCGAUGGCUUCCCACGGAACGAAGAAAAUCGUGCUGCCGCUGAAAGCAUUAUGAAAAUUGAGCCAGAUUUUGUAUUGUUUCUUGACUGCUCAGAAGAGGAGAUGAAAAGACGUCUUUUAAAUAGAAACCAGGGAAGAGUUGAUGAUAAUAUUAACACAAUACAGAAGCGUCUUAAAGUCUACUUUGAAUGCACUCUUCCUGUAAUCAAUUAUUACAGCACCAAGGGCAAGGUUCGAAAGAUUGAUGCUGAAAGGUCUCCUGAAGAGGUAUUUGAGGCAAUCAAGGACAUAUUCUUUGAGCUGAAAGAGAAGCAUGGGAGACCGUCAGACGCCCGUAGUUUAUCAGGAUAA